UCCCACAUAUGUUGGGUUGAAUCUGUUGGCGGGGAACGUGCGAUUGGGUUAGAAUUAGGUCGAGCCGGCGGCAUGGCUGGGCAGGAGAAGCGGCUGUCGCCGCCAACGCCGGCGGUCAACGGCGAGCACGGCGCCAAGAAGGCGAGGGCGCAGGCCCUGGUGCCCGUGGUGAAGCAGGAGCCGCGACAGGGGGUGGAGCGCGAGGAAGGGGAGGUGGCCAAUGCAGACGGCCCUGCAGCGGCGGCCGUGGCCAUGGCGGCGUCCACGGAAGCCCUGGUGGCGUUGGCGCCGGGGCCGCCGGCGCUGAUCGACGUGAGGUUCGAGGUGGCGCUGCUCCACUGCAAGGUCUGCCUCCUCCCUCUCAAGCCGCCCGUGUUCAAGUGCGAGUCCGGGCACGUGCUGUGCUGCUACUGCCGCGGCGGCCACGUCGAGGUGUGCGGCCGCGCCGACAUCCACUGCGGCGGGAUGGACGCCUUCAUCUGCGCCGCCAAGGUGCCCUGCUCCUACAAGGGCUUCGGCUGCGAGCAGUACGUCGUGUACCACCAGGCCGAGCAGCACAAGCGCGCGUGCCAGCACGCGCCCUGCCUGUGCCCGGAGCUCGGGUGCGGCUUCCUGGGGACCCCGCCGGCGCUCAUCGACCACUUCGCCGCCGUCCACUCCCGACCCAUCAUCGCCGUCCGCUACGGCCGGCCCUGGAACCUGAGCCUGCCGCUGGCGCAGCGCUGGCACGUGGUGGUCGGGCAGGAGAACCAGAGCGUGUUCCUGGUCACCCUGGGCGAGCUCGGCGCCGCGGCCACGGCCGUGUCGCUGGUGUGCGUGAGGGCGGACGGCGCCGCCGCCGCCGCCGGGGCGCCCCAGUUCUGGUGCAAGCUCUCGGUGGAGCACCCGGGCGGCGACAAGGACAAGGUGGUCCUGAUGGCAUCGGCGGUGGGCAGCAGCACGCUCUCCAGCGGCGCGCCGGUGCCGGGGCAGGGCAUGUUCCUGGCGGUGCCCCAGGAGCUCAUGUCCGUCGACACUCUCGCCAUCAGCGUCCGCAUUGAUCAGGUUCAGCCCGUUGUUGAUGCUGCUGCCGCGGCCAAGGCAAUUCCACCACCACCACCGGCCAGGACAACGAGGAGAUUCCAUUGAACACUUAUGGUCGUCGUGAUACUUUUGCAUGUCUUGGCCGAUAUGGGGCAUAUGACCGGUCAUCACUCAUCAGUCUCUGUUUUGUUGGCUACUGCGCUAUGUUAAGCUGGACUCUCAGACUGGCUACUUGAUACUGAUAGUGAUCUCGAGAAAUCAAAUGUGAUUGCAGAAAGCACACUUUGGUUUUCUUGGGGUAACUUUGGCGUCAUCUUUCUCUUCACUAGUUGCACUGUCUUUAUCGAUCUGAUGGUGUAGGGUGCCUACGGUUGGCAACUAUUAC